AUGAAUAAAGUGCCAGACUCAUAUAAAGAGUUGCAUGAAGCUGAUAUCGACAUUUAUGACUUUAAUAUAGAACUAGACUUCAAACUUAUGCAUUUGGAAGAAGUCCAGGAUGAGGGAAAUGAUGACCCGACUCCCGAACUUGAGGAUCUCCUCAAUAAGUUCGAUUCAAAAGUCAACGUUGCACUUGAUGAUUUUGAGGUGGGCAACCUUAGAACCACCAAGAAUCCUAGGGAAGUACGCAUUGGAAAAUAUUUGUCUCCAAGUGACAGGAAGAGGAUAAUCGAGUGUUCAUUGAUGUCACCAAGUUCUUGCAACUCUUCCCGCCCGAAACCCUUCGUCUUCUUCUUCAAACACCAGAAAAUGUCCUCCAAACCGCCCGAUAUUACCGCCGAUGUCCCUCCCUCCGUUCUGGAUUUCCGAGAGUACGACAACGACGCAUGGUACGGUGUCCGUCUCGUCCUGGAGGGCGAGACGCUGACGGUGAAGUUCUUAGACUUCGGAGACGAGUCCGACAAGCGAUUGGGGCCGUCCGAUUUCGAGGACCAGAAAGCGUUGGACGAUUUCGCGGAACGGUUUCGGCCGACAUCUGUACAGUUACAGGACGGGGAGUGCCGGAGAGUGAUCGAAGGGAAGACCGUCUGCGCUUCGCACACGUUCGGAGAUGACGACGUUAGGUUCUACGACGCCGUCGUUGAAACGGUAUACUCUUCAGAACAUACAUUUGACAAAGGAGAAGAACAGUGUUUGUGCGAGUUUGUUCUUUUCUGGCAACAUGGUCCAAUUGCGGGGACAAAGACGUUAACGAGUAUUGAACACAUUUGCCUUAUACAGCCUGGAAGUGCACAAAAUGAUCCAAAUCUGGAUUUCUUUUUCGAAAUAUCAAGAAAGAAACUUGAAUUGGGUUCACAUCGUCCUUCUUUCGUCACUGAACAUGAAAUUUCAGCAAAUGCAUGUGCUGCAUGUUUUAAUGAAACCUGUGGAUCUGCUGUCAAAUGUGAGCCCAACAUGCGUUAUAAACCUCAAACAUUCAAUUCUAAGAAUAACGUAGAUAUAUCUGGAAAUAAGAUGGGAAUACUUGGUUUUGCACCAUUUCAAAACUGGGGAUGA